AUGCCCGUCUUGGAGACCAGAGUCUAUAACCCGGGCGCCAGCCCCAUAACAAUUAUACCCUCCGCGGCCGCUACGGCCGCUACGACCCCGGCUAGAAUCAACCCUUCAAAGUACAAGAUAGCGUCACCCUCGCUUACCAACCUUACCUACAUCAAAGAAAAGGAGGAGUAG